UGUCAGGGGUGAGCAGUGCAAAGUUCCCUCCUCCACGUCCCAAAUGGCUGCUGCUGCAAUUAAGGAACCACGCCUGUUGCUUUCUAAUUUCUCUGAAUUGUAGAACUUAUUCCAGCAUUCCCUGAAGCUAAGCCGUGACAAGAGCUUUUGAGACCUUUUUGUCCAGAAAACGCAAUACCUGUGGACUUUGUCUUCCCCCCCCCCUAAUUAUUCUAUUAUCGCGAGAGACCCUCCGGGCUGAUCUUGACCACUGCUGGGAACUGAAAGCCCCGUCGGUCACUCUGUUACAGUAACUAUGGAGUGCCUUAAGUUUUGUUUGGUGUUUUCCUGCUGGAUCAAGUUAGCAGACUCAGUCUUUUCUAUUGAUACUAAUCAAGGACCUGUGCCCAUUCCUAAAGAAAAACUGCUCGUCUUAACUGUUGCAACGGAGGAAACAGAUGGCUUCCGCCGCUUCAUGCAGUCUGCUAACUAUUUUAAUUACACUGUGAAGGUGUUGGGAAUGGGAGAAGCCUGGAAGGGGGGAGACGUGGGUCAAUCUAUUGGUGGAGGGCAAAAAGUCAGACUACUGAAGGCAGCCAUGGAGGCUCUGGCAGAGCAGGAGGAUCUUAUUGUCCUGGCCCUGGAUAGUUAUGAUCUUAUCUUCGCUGGCGGACCAGAAGAGAUUCUCAGGAAAUUCCAGCAAUCCAAUCACAAAGUGCUCUUCGCAGCAGAGGGACUUAUAUGGCCAGAUAAACGUCUAGCUGACAAAUACCCCUCAGUCCGCAGUGGCAAGCGCUACCUCAAUUCUGGAGGUAUAAUUGGCUAUGCCCCGUACAUAAACAGAAUAGUCUCACAGUGGAGUCUCCAUGACAAUGAUGACGACCAGCUCUUCUACACUAAGAUAUACCUGGAUCCAUUACAGCGAGAAACUCUCAAUAUGACCCUGGACCACAAGUGCCAGAUUUUCCAAAACCUGAACGGGGCCAUUGAUGAAGUACUUCUCAAGUUUGGAACAGACAGAGUCAGAGUUAGAAACACAGUGUAUGACUCCCUGCCGGUUGUUGUCCAUGGCAACGGAAACACCAAAAUGUACUUGAACUACUUGGGUAACUAUGUUCCCAAUGCGUGGAACUAUGAACAUGGAUGCAGCCCCUGUGAUGACGAUACUCUGGAUUUGUCUCAAUUAAAAGAGUAUCCAAAUGUGCUGGUUGGAGUGUUCAUUGAGCAGCCAACUCCAUUUCUACCUGAAUUCUUUCAACGGCUGCUGGCUCUGGACUAUCCCAAAGAUAAACUUAAAGUUUUUGUCCACAACAAUGAGGUAUACCACGAGAAGCACAUUGAAAAGUUCUGGGAAGAGAACAGGAAUGUGUUCAGCAGUUUCAAAGUUGUGGGACCAGAAGAAAAUCUGAGCCAAGGAGAGGCCAGGAACAUGGGAAUGGAUCUUUGUCGUAAGGAUGCCACCUGCGACUAUUACUUCAGCAUAGAUUCAGAUGUCAUGCUCACCAACAGACAGACAGUGAAGCUCCUCAUUGAGCAAAACAGAAAAAUAAUUGGUCCCCUUGUCACUCGUCACGGCAAGCUGUGGUCCAACUUCUGGGGAGCCUUGAGUCUGGAUGGUUAUUAUGCACGCUCUGAGGAUUAUGUUGACAUUGUGCAAAGGAAACGCGUGGGUGUGUGGAGCAUUCCUUACAUGGCGCAUGUAUACCUCAUCAAGGGCAGUGUUUUAAGGAAUGAACUCAAAGAAAGGAACUACUUUGUUCUGGAGAAACUGGACCCAGAUAUGGCUUUGUGUAGAAAUGCCAGAGAAAUGACCAGUCACAGAGAAAAAGACUCCCCUUCUCCGGAAUCAUUCCAUAUGCUCAGGCCCCCAAAGGGAGUCUUCAUGUAUAUAACUAAUCUUCAUGACUUUGGGAGGCUUAUUUCCACAGCCAAUUAUAACAUUUCUCAUUACAACAAUGACUUGUGGCAGAUGUUUGAAAACCCUGUGGACUGGAAGGAGAAGUACAUCCACCAAAAUUAUACUCGAAUUUUCACUGAGAACUACUUGGAGGAGCCUUGCCCAGAUGUGUUCUGGUUCCCGGUCCUUUCAGAGAAGGCCUGUGAUGAAAUGGUCGAAGAGAUGGAGCACUAUGGCUCAUGGUCAGGGGGCAGACAUGAGGACAACAGGAUUGCUGGAGGCUAUGAGACGGUGCCAACCGAUGAUAUUCACAUGAAACAGAUUGGGUUUGAUAAAGAGUGGCUACACUUCAUCCGAGAGUUCAUAUCACCGGUCACAUUAAAGGUUUUCUCUGGCUAUUACACAAAGGGUUACGCAAUAAUGAACUUUGUUGUGAAAUACACACCUGAGAGGCAAGCAUACCUGAGGCCUCAUCAUGACACUUCUACCUUCACCAUCAACAUCGCUCUUAAUAACAAAGGCAUAGAUUUCCAGGGUGGAGGUUGCCGUUUCCACAGGUAUAACUGCUCCAUAGAUUCGCCUCGAAAAGGCUGGAGCUUCAUGCACCCAGGACGACUGACCCACCUUCACGAAGGCCUGCCAACCACUAACGGCACCCGCUACAUCGCAGUCUCCUUCAUUGACCCCUAAACUAUUUGUUUAUGCUGAAAAUCUUCUUUUUUUUUUUUUUUUACUUUUAUUUUCUUUUGAAGGUUUGUGCACCAGAUGUCUCACAGAUGCAAUUCUUGUUUUUUUUUUUUUUUAAAGCAAGUGCUUUGAGAGGAUAAACGAUUGCAUUAAAAGAAUCUCUGUCAAACAGAGUGUACGGUGGAAAGGGAAGCGGCAAAUGUAAUGAUACACACAAAUAAGAUACAUGCACACAAAAAAAUAUCCUAUCAGGGGACAAAGAAGUUUUAACCAAUAACGACUUUCCCAGGAAUCGUGUACUGUAGGUAACUAUGACUUCCACAAUACUGAUCUUACAUCGUCAUGGUGACCGUCACUCAUACACACUGGUAGCUUUCUAGACAAGUAGCUGUACCACGCAAGUGUGCAGACUGCUACUGUGUAUCUAACGAGUUUCAGAUUAAAUGUCACUGAAAAUGAAAAGAUUACUACUGGUGCUUGUAGACUUGUCAUGUUUCUGCAUCCAAGGUUUGUGUCUUUAUUUGCUGGAGUGUACUUUGUGUAUGUUUUUUCUACCCCAAAGCAGCUAAUUUGAGAUUGUUACUAAAUGAAACUUUGAUGUUCGCCCAAUGACAAAAGAAAACAAUUUUUUUGUAAUUUUGCACAACUGAAAAAAGAAGACAACAGAAUUUAGUGUAAAUUCUGUUUAAAUCAUGUUCUUAAUUAAAAACAGCACCAGUCAUUUAUUUCACUGAAAAAAAAAAGCUUUAGCAUUCUUCUCUCUGGUGGUUGUGUGAGUGGCUUUCAAAACUCAGCAAACAGACUUCUUUAAAUUAUUGUCAAGAUGUAAUAAAAUUUUCUUAAAAUA